UGAAACGCAUCAUUGAAUUGAAAUUGAAUUGAGUGUUCUAUGGUUGUCAUCUGUUCCUGCGUAUAUUUUUGUCUUGCAUUUGCUAAAGAAAUAAAAAUUAUUAAAAAUGUCUGAUUGGGAUACCGUUACUAUAUUGAAAAAAAGGGCACCUAAAGCGUCUGAUAUGAAAAGUGAACAGGCAGUGAACGCUGCAAGACGACAGGGAAUUGCAGUUGAUACACAAUUGAAAUGGGGUGCUGGGAGUAAUAAACAACAUGUUGCCACCAAAAAUACGGCAAAAUUGGAUAGGGAACAUGAGGAACUAAAACACGAGUCAAUUUCAUUGGAUGUUGGUCGUUUGAUACAGCAGGCCCGGCAAGGAAAAGGCAUGAGUCAAAAAGAGCUGGCCACGAAAAUUAACGAGAAGCCGCAGAUAAUCACCGAUUAUGAAGCAGGAAAGGGGAUUCCUAACAAUAUUAUAUUGGGAAAAAUUGAAAGGGCCCUUGGUAUCAAGUUGAGGGGAAAAGAUAAGGGAAAACCAAUGCAGCCCCCUGGGAGCAAAAAGUAGAUCCUGGGGGGAUCUUUUCGUUCAUGAGAGCAAAACAUUUUUGUCAGUUAUUUCCAAAGGGUGGAGUUUCAAUUCAAUUGGUUCUACCCUUUUAAAUGUAUUUUCAUUUUUUUAACAUUAAAGCGUUUGUUAAAAAGAAACUGAUAUUUGUGGUUUAAUAUAUCAUAACACUGGCCACUAGAAAA